GACCAAUUUUCAAUUGACUUUAGUUUUACUUUGUGUAUUAAACAAAUGUCUCGCAUCAAAAUUGAUAACAUGCAUUAUUUUUAAAAACAAUACACAAAUAUUGAUAGUGUAAUCCAUCCAAACAGACCUAAUUAGAAUUAGAUAAUAUUUUUCGACGAUUAUCUUGAACUAUUGUCGCGCAUUUCCCACCACUCGAACCAAAUAAAUAAAUUGUCGAAAAUAUGAGCUUUUAUAAGCUCGCAAAGAGCCACAACUUGAACUUCCUUCACAUUGUUAUAUUAUUUGAUUCCAUUCUUAGAAUACCAGUAUAGAAAACGUACAGCAGUGAGCACUCGCACAUAAAUAAAUAAGUAUCAUCAGUUCCAUUUGAUAAUUCGAUGAGUUUUGAACAAAGUAUAAGCGCGAGAUAUCUAAAAAUGUCCUAUAUUGCGAAAACAUCUACGGUUUUUGUUGAUAUCAACAUACAGACUAGAUUAUUUUAAUUUUUUUUUUAUUCUAUCGGUUGUUUCAUUUUUGAACGAAAGAUGGAUCCGGAUGUGAAUAAAAAUAUACCCAGUGUAUCUGAAGUGGUUGAAAAAAAUGAAAGGACUAGUGAAUCUUCUGUGUCUAAAGUUGAACAAGGAGUUAGUAAUGAAAUUAAAAGCAAGAAGUUCACCUGGAAGCAAAAAUGUUCUCUAAUAAUGUUACUAACAGCGGAUUUCAUGUGUUAUUGUUCAAUGUCCAUCAUGGCGCCAUUUUAUCCUCAAGAAGCUGCGAAUCGAGGAAUGACGCAGUCCAUGGCUGGAUUCGUAUUCGGAUACUUCGCAUUAGUUAUAUUUCUUUCCUCCCCGAUAUUUGGGAAACUAUGUCCAAAAUUAGGAGUUAAAUUUUUAUUUAUCAUUGGUUUAUUUACUUCAGGAAUUUGCACUGUGAUAUUUGGGACGCUGCAUCACAUCGAAGAUUAUAGUGGAUUUACCGCUUUGUCUUUUGUAAUUCGAGGAUUUGCUGCUUUAGGAUCUAGUGCCUAUUCGACGGCUGCUUAUGUGAUAGUAAUUAAUAUAUUUCCCGAUAAUGCUGGAGCAAUCAGGGGUGUCCUAGAAACGUUCGUAGGAUUGGGACUUUGUGCCGGUCCUGGAAUCGGAGGAAUUCUCUUUGAUAUCGGGGGCUUUGGUCUGCCAUUCUACGUAGUUGGAAUAUUUUUAAUAUUAAUAGCUCCUCUAAAUAUCUUCAUUCUUGAAAAAUCAGCAAAAUGCAAUUUAGAUGGAAAUUCGGGUUCUUUGACGAGUCUUCUGAAGUUGACACCGAUCAUGAUGACGUGUUUCGUCAUGGUAGUGGUAUCCAUGACAUGGGGAUUUUUAGAUCCAACGUUAGAACCGCAUCUGAUCAAGUUUAACUUGACAACCACCGCAGUUGGACUGAUCUUUUUACUGACCUCUGGAACAUACGCCAUAUCGUGUCCAUUUUGGGGUUGGUUAUCAGAUAGAUUGGAUGUAUAUUGGUGGAUGAUGACCGUUGGAUUGUUUGGAAAUUCUGUGAUAUUAUUAUUUUUAGGUCCUUGUCUAAGUUUCUUGCCAGAUGUCUUAUGGUUAAAUAUGGUGAGUUUGUCACUAUUAGGAAUAACAGUGGGUAUGUCGUUAAUGCCUACAUACCAGUUCAUCUUGGACAGUGCGUUAGAAAAUGGAUACACUGACGACAUAUCCACGCACUCGGUCAUAGCAGGUCUAUGGUCGUCCGUCUACUCCCUAGGAGAAGUCCUCGGACCAGUCUUAGGGGGGUCCCUCAUGCAGCAUUACGAUUUCUCGAACACGUGCGCUACAUUCGCGGCUCUCAACUUCAUCGUCGGUACUCUAGCGACAAUAAUGUUAGUGAAUAGAAAACAAAUGUCCUUGAAAGGAAAUCUAUUGAACGUUUUUCAAAAUGUGAUAAAGCCGGACAUCUACCCUUGCAACGGUAGCGUCGAUAUCGUUAUCGAAAAAGAUCAUAAAGUUAUUGAAACGAUAAAAACGAAGUGAAGUGCGCGAUAAAUUGUUUUAAAUGAAUUUUUAUGUUGUUCGUUGGUCACUUCUUCGCUUGCAUGUAAAAUUGCAGCCAUUCGUAAUUCACGUGUGCGUACUAACGUCUUCUCGAUCAGCUGUUGUAAUUCAUAAUUACAGAAAAUAGUGACGGACUGAAAAUGUAUUGUUGCAAGUCGUAUUGCAAAUGCAAUUCUGAAGAAAAAUCAGUUUUAAACUACCUAGAGUAUACAUUUCUGUCAUUUAACAUGUUUUGUGUUACUUUACGUAAACUAACUCAAUGAAAUAUAAAAUAAUAGAAAA